UGAGUUAGGAAGGAGAGAAAAGUGAACUGAAAUUUCAGCAUCAGUGUUUGAGUGGUGUCCCUCUGCGUCUCAUUAAGUAUUUGAAAUAAACGCGGCAGCAGUCAUGGAUGACCUUCCAGAAUCUUCCUCCAAAGGCACCAAACGCCGCCGCAUGGAUGAUUCCGCCGCCGACGCUGCAACCUCCUCGUCACUGCAGGACGAUCUCACAUUCAGCGAUACGCUCGUCGCGCUUCAAAUCAUGCGAGCUCAGUUCCCUGACAUUGAUAAGGUGUCGGUUCAGCCUUUUAUAUUAAAAUCCCAGUUGUAUAGCAGUGUAAAGGACAGAACGCAGGUGGACAGGGAAUUGGAGUCUCUAAGGAGGGACAAAGUUCUGCGUAUUUUCAAAUUAAAUACUGGACAAGAUGAUUAUGCUAUAAUGUUUUUGGAUGACUACAUAAAGCAGAUAGAUCAAGUUUUUAAAAGAAUGGAAGGAAAGAAAGAAAUGGAAUAUGAAGUUUUUGGGUGGUUCAAAAAUUAUGUUCUGGAUUUGAAGCUGGAAACUGGCAUUGAACAUCAGGAGCUUUGCUCACUCUUGUCACUUGGGGGGAAGGUGAAGGACAGCCACAUCACCCUUUUAAUUAAUGCCGGUGUCAUUAUUCGACAGCUUAUUGAUCCAAACAUGUAUUGGUUUGCAAUCCCAAAUGUUGGCACACUUCUUAAGGGUCUUGCUCAGGGUAGAAAUGAACUUAUUUCACUUCUCAGUCGUCGUAGAUAUAAGGAGAUGAUGUUAGCCACCUUGGAGAAGAAGCGUCUUCGAAUGUCUCCACUUGAUAUGAGAUUUCAUCUUCGUGACUUGAUUGGUUCCGGACAUCUCAGAACUGACCAUACACCAACUGGUUUAAUCAUUCGAGUCUCAAAAGAUUGAGAUUCAGAGAGUCCUAGAUGUGCUUUGAUCCAUCAAAUGAAUUCAUUUGAUCAAUUGCUCCUGUUAACUCUUAUUUUCAAGAAGAGGUUCAGUUAUCUAUGCUUUGGAUUUAGAUAUAAUUGGUACAACUUGGAUAAAAAUGAUAGCCACAUUUAUCCUUGUUGAUCAAGAGACCAGACUCAAAAUGGACCACUUGAUUACCUAUGUUACCGGAAUCAAUUAUGAACUAUCUGACCUGGCUGUGUGCUAUCAGGGCUGCUACUUCGAUUCUUAUUGGUAUGACAGUUAUUUAUUUUGUAUGAAUCUCUGAGUACCCACGACCAGUUUUCUAAAUAUUCAAUUCAAAUUAUAGUUGGUUAACUUAAAAGUGAUAUCUGAUAUGAGAAAGUCCCAUGACCAAACAAUCAUUACCCAAGUUCUCUAGUUUUAAAUUGUUACUUGGAGCAAAACUUCUAGUUCAUUUUAUUUGUCACUCUUACUACUUACCACUAAAUAUUUAUUACAAGAUUUCCAAUUUUAUUUUUUGC